UCUCUGCGCCUGAGGUCGCUGUUUGGAGCGUCACAUCUUCCUCUCUUUCGGUUUUGGAGAGAAAAUGGAGAAACACUUCACGGACUCGCGAGUCAAAGGAGUCAGCACAGGAACCACCAUCCUGGCUGCAGUCUUUGAUGGAGGGGUCGUGAUCGGAUCAGACUCCCGAGCUUCCAUGGGAGGGGAGUUUGUAUCCUCUAAAACCAUCAACAAGGUGAUUCAGGUUCAUGACCGGAUCUUCUGCUGCAUGGCCGGUUCACUAGCAGAUGCUCAGGCUGUCACCAAAACAGCAAAGUUCCAGCUUUCCUUUCACAGUGUUCAGAUGGAGAAUCCUCCACUGGUGAUCGCAGCAGCUUCAGUACUGAAAGAACUGUGUUACAACAACAAAGACGAGCUGCAGGCCGGCUUCAUCACUGCAGGCUGGGACAAGAAGAAAGGACCUCAGGUGUACGUUGUUUCUCUGGGUGGGAUGUUGAUCAGCCAACCUGUCACCAUCGGUGGAUCAGGCAGCACAUAUAUCUAUGGUUAUGUUGAUGCUAAAUACAAAGUCAACAUGACCAGAGAAGAGUGUCUACAGUUCGCCACAAACGCUCUGGCUCUGGCCAUGGGCAGGGACAACGUCAGCGGAGGAGUGGUGAAUCUGGUGGUCAUCACCGAGGCAGGAGCGGAGCACAUUGUUAUUCCUGGUGACAAACUUCCUACGUUCAGCGAUGAGUGACCGGCCUCCUCCUUCAUGGAGGCAAACCAAUUAUAGAGUUCUUUCAAACUUCAGAGUACAUUGAUGAUUGGAUUCAGGGUGAAAUACACUAGUUCUGAAACCCUGAAUGCUAGAAAGGAAAUUCCUUAAAUGUUAACUGCAAAGUUUUUGUCAACUGCUGUUAAAAAUGUCUGUUAAUAAAGUCUUUAAUAAAAAAAA